ACUUUACAGAUACACAGCCCAGCGAAGCAUGUUGUGUCGGACACCCAGUCUUCGAUUGUCCCUAGGUCAGGAAUACCUAUUGUGAUGGGAGUCUGACCAUUUGCGGUGCACAGAAGCAAGAAAUGUGGAUCUUUAUUUGUGUUUUUUAAAUGCCUAAAUAGUAGCUGCUGAGGUGGUAUGGUUUUAUUUUUGGGAUCUCAUGGAGCCUCACCUACAGUGAUGCAGCCUGAGGAGCCUGUGCGUCAGGAACUGCAAUUUUAUUAUGUGGGUGACCAUAUGUGGACCACCAUGUUUGGGCAGAGUGUAAAGCUGCAACCCGUAGCCAUUCAGAGCCUGUCAGAACUGGAGCGAGCCCGCCUACAGGAGGUGGCCCUCUAUCACCUGGAGGAGAGAGAGCUGGACUUUAAGAUCAGCAUUCCCAAAGAGAUUCGCAAGAUGAGGAAGUCACUACGAAGAAAGUUUGACUCCUUUUCCAAGGAAAAGAAAGAAAGAGAAAAAGCCCCUAAGGCAUUUGGGAUUCCUCUCUCCCAGGUGAUCGCAAACGAUCGGGCCUAUAAACAGCGUCAGGAGGCUCUAAAGGAGAGCCGGCGAGACUGUUUGGAGUUGGAAGCCAGCGUGAUGCACUUCCGUGCUGAAAAACGGCAUCAUAAUGGGAACCGGCUCCAUACCUGCACAGCCUCAACCUCCAGCGCUGCUCCCUCAACACUGCUGGAGCUCCACAGCAAGCCACUUUCCCCAGCAUUCCUGGACAACAGCUCUCGAAGCCACAGACGGGGAGGCCUGUCAGUUGACUCCAUCUCGGAUCUGGUGGAAAGUCAGUCCAGGCUUUUGGAGGCACUGCAGCUUUCUCAUCCUAAUGAAUUAGACAUCAAGAAGACGCCUGCAGGCCGCACGCAGACCAAGCUGAGUCUGAACCCCAUUUACAGACAGGUGCCACGUGUCAUGGAGCGCUGCUGCCAGCACAUAGUUACAUAUGGGCUGCAGACGGUGGGAAUUUUCCGAGUUGGAAGUUCCAAAAAGAGAGUCCGCCAACUGCGUGAGGACUUUGACAGUGGAACAGAUGUAGUUCUGGAUGAUGAACACAGUGUUCAUGAUGUGGCAGCACUAUUAAAAGAGUUCCUCAGAGACAUGCCUGACCCUCUGCUGCCCAGAGAGCUCUACUGCGCCUUUCUGCAUGCUAACAGUCUGUGGGGCGCCGAUCAAUUGACAUACCUGCAGCAGCUGUUGUACCUGUUACCUCCGUGUAACUGUGACACUCUGUUGAGAUUGCUGAGUUUGUUACACACAGUUCAGGAGCACGCUCAUGACUCCGUCGGACCUGAUCAGCAAGCGGUCCCAGGUAAUAAGAUGACAGCAGCUAACUUGGCCGUGAUUUUCGGGCCCAACCUGCUACAAAAGGAGAAGGGUUCAGAGAAAGAGCUGAAACCUGAGGCAAUGGGCAUCGAAGACAGUGCUGCCAUCAUCUCAGUCACUCUGCUCUUCAUCCAGCACUACAAAUAUCUUUUCACAGUUUCAGCAGAGCUCCAGCAGGAGGUGCUUAUGAGUCUCAUUCAGACCGAUCCAGACGUCAUAGACUACCUGCUACGCAGAAAACUCAGUGGCAGCGGUGUGACUGGGGAGCCAGAUUUGGGACUACGCAGAGACACUCAGACAUCUCUGGACUCAGUAGGUCAGUCCAGUGAUGAUAUGUCACCUAUUGAGCCGGUAUCCCCAUUGUUCGAAGACUCUGAUGGUGGAACCUCUCUGAGCAGCGAGGUUUUUUUCAACGCACUACAUCUCAGCACCAGCAGCAAACGCCCUUCAGAGACUCCACCCAAGUCCAUAGCUAAGAUGCGACAGUUCCAUUCGCAUCACAACUUGCUGAGUCUUGUUCAGCCCUCUACCCAGCUGCAGCCUGAUGAGCGAGAGCUGCAGAGUGGCCCAGGCCUGCCCAGUCCAGUAGAGAAUCUACAGUUCAGUCUCCAGCAACAGGAAGACACCUCCCAGCCCCAGAGCGCGAGAGAAAGGAGUGUGUGGGUGCGACAGGGCUCCAACACCUCCACCACAUCAGAAGACAGCAAACAGCCAAGCAACUUCUGGGACUUUUUCUCUGGCAAGGUGUCAGGCUCAGAGACUGUAGUAUGACUAGAUGCACUAGUUUAGCGUGCAGAGUGCGUGUGGACUUCUUCACCUGCUGCCUAGAGACUCCACUAAUGCAGAAACACAUCUUGUAAUAGAAUACCUUGUAGAUAUUAUAUAUAUUUUUGUAAUCUUCACUAAUCCUCCUACUCCCUUUGUGUUGUAGUAUCCAUGCAGUGCAUGUCUAUAUAAGGCUAUGUUAUAAAGUCACUCACUCACUCAUCUUCUAUACCGCUUUAUCCUGUAUUCAGGGUCACGGGGACCUGGAGCCUAUCCCAGGAGACUUAGGACACAAGGCAGGGUACACCCUGGACAGGGUGCCAAUCCCUCGCAGGGCACACACAUAUACACACACUUAUACUUUCAUAGAAAGUAUAAAAAUGGGAUCAAUUUUUGAUCAAAAUGAAUGUGACCACAAAGCUCUGGAAUGAGGAAUAUCACUGCAAUGUUUGCUACAUCUAUAUACAUAUGAAUAUUUUUUUUCAAUGCAGAUUUUUUUUAUAUAAUAAAUCAAAGAAGGGCAGCACUGUGCCCUUGCUACUCCAGGGUUCAGGGUCCCACCUCCGGACUAUGUGCAUGAAGUUUGCAUGUUCACCCUCCCUUGGUGGGUUUCCUCCGGGUAAUCUGACGUGCAGAUUAGGCUAAGUGAUGUUCCCUAAUUGCUCUUACUGUGUGAAUAAGUGUGUAUGCCCUGUGAUGGAUUGGCACCCUGAAAUCUCAGGCUCCACGCCUCCUUCGACCUUUUGCAGGAUAAGAAGUACAGAAAAUGAAUCAAUAAAAAAAUAAAUAAA